AUGAAAUAUAAAGGACAAUUGCAAUUUCUAUUUUUAAAUCUACUUCUGGUUUUGCCCAUGUCCGCAGGAGGAAAGUUAGAAGGUCUAGAAGAAUUUGGUCGAGAAUUAUUUUUUACAUUAUCUAAUUAUGAACCUGCGGAAAAUCAUAUUAUAUCCCCACUUCCAUUAGCCACAAUUUUAAUAUUAUUACGCAUGGAUGCUGAAAAAAAAGUUGCUUACGAAAUUACCGAACAUUUAGAUUUGGCCGGUCAACCUACCGAUAAAUUGCGUGAAUCUUAUUUGAAUCUAUUCGAAAAAAUGAAUCAAUCGCAGUUUUUUGAUAUGUCAAUUAAUAUAAGCUUUGUAUAUCAUGAACAUAUUUCGGAAAAUCUUAUAAUGUCUGUGGAUACAGCUAUUAAGUCCUGGUCAGGUUAUUAUGUAUGUAUUCAUUCUGAAGAAUUGGCAAAUAUCCAGACUCCAUCAGGAACUCCAGUUUCGGAUUCACCUAAAGUAGAUAUAAUAAUUGACACAAACGUUCACUUUAAGAACCGGCUAUUGUAUAGUAUUACCAAGACUGACGAGGGAGUUUUCUAUCCUCUGCAUGGCGAUAAGAUUGCUAAGACAAUGUUACAUCAUACAGCUCAAAUACGAUAUGGGGAGAUAUAUUAUUUAAGCGCUACAGCCGUUGAAGUGCCUUACAAUGAUGGUCAUACUUAUUUGGUGAUUUUAAUUCCCAACGAUCGUAAGGGUAUAGUACAAUUGCAAGAUAAUUUGGAAAGAUAUCCACUCAGUAAUAUAAAUCAAUAUUUAAACAACGAUACGCUUAAACUUAUAAUGCCAGCCCUAAAGGUUGAAGUGAGAUUUCCUCUGUAUGAUAUGUUUGAAAUUAUGGACAUGGCCAGCAUGUUCACACAAAUGUGCGAUUCUAUGCCUGAUAUAAAGGUUACGCAAUUCGAUUAUAUUGCAUCAUUUGAAAUCAAUAACCGAACCCAGGAUGAAGACACAUAUAUCCCUGAUGACGAGGAAUAUCUGGAGGAAGUCCCAGAAAUAAUUGUAGAUCAUCCAUUUAUUUUUUAUAUCAAAUCAGAUGAAGACGAUAUAUAUUUUAUGGGAAAAAUUUUAGAAUAA